GGAUGUGAGCGCGGUUUCACUCACGCCGCUCCCGCCGCUCCGCUCCGCUCCCGUCCGCUCCGCACCGCUCCCCGCUGGAGACCGUGCGGGUCCGGCGCGGAGCCGCUCCUCUCAGCCAUGGCUUAGCGGCCGGCCGGCUCAGAAAAUGAGUUUCCCCGCGGAGGACGGCGUGGGCAGCCUCUGCCACAAAGCGCUUCAAAUCAUCUCCGAGCUGUGCCUGGGCGGGCAGGUGGAGCGGGAGAAGUGCGCCGGCAUCUUCCCACUGGAGACCGCCCGACAGGGCAUCGGCGGCACAGACAUCUCAGUCAGUUUGUUAGCAGUAGUCGUCAGCUUCUGCGGGCUCGCCUUGCUGGUAGUCUCACUUUUUGUCUUUUGGAAGUUGUGCUGGCCCUGCUGGAGAAGCAAACCUCUCACUUCCAAUGCCAGUAAUGUCCCGCAAAGCACCUCCAGUGCUCCUACAGAGGUUUUGGAGACCAGUGAGAAAAAGGAAGUUAAAGAAAAUGGGAAACCUACAACAAAGGUACUUGAAGCUGCAUUGAAAAUUAGCCACACUUCACCCGAUAUACCAGCAGAGGUCCAGAAUGCACUGAAAGAACAUCUGAUCAGACAUGCACGCAUGCAGAGACAGAUCACAGAGCCCACGUCAUCAUCAAGGCACAAUUCUUUCAGGAGGCAUUUGCCAAGGCAGAUGCAAGUGUCCAGUGUUGAUUUUAACAUGGGGACAGAUCCAAUUUUACAAAGAGGAGAGACGACAACCAGCAUUGGGAGAAUAAAACCAGAACUCUACAAACAGAAGUCUGUGGAUUCUGAUGGACAACAAGAAGAUGUGAAAACAUGCGGAAAACUUAAUUUCACUCUCCGGUAUGAUUAUGAGAAUGAACUUUUGGCUGUCACAAUUGUCAAAGCCUUAGAUCUGCCUGCAAAAGACUUCACAGGAACAUCUGACCCCUACGUUAAGAUUUAUCUGCUUCCAGAUAGGAAAAAGAAGUUUCAGACACGAGUUCACAGAAAGACAUUAAAUCCUGUCUUUGAUGAAACCUUUCAGUUUCCUGUAGCCUAUGAUCAACUCAGCAACAGGAAAUUGCAUUUCAGUGUUUAUGAUUUUGACAGAUUUUCUAGACAUGACAUGAUUGGGGAAGUAAUUCUUGAUAACCUUUUUGAAGUCUCAGAUCUCUCCAGGGAAGCCAAUGUAUGGAAAGACAUCCACUGUGCAACCACCGAAAGCAUAGAUUUGGGUGAGAUCAUGUUUUCCCUUUGUUAUUUGCCUACUGCUGGGAGAAUGACAUUAACCGUCAUCAAAUGCAGAAAUCUCAAAGCAAUGGAUAUAACUGGUGCAUCAGAUCCAUAUGUCAAAGUGUCACUGAUGUGUGAGGGUAGAAGACUGAAAAAGCGGAAAACAACCACAAAGAAGAAUACACUCAAUCCAGUUUAUAACGAGGCCAUCAUCUUUGAUAUCCCUCCAGAGAAUGUGGACCAGGUCAGCCUCUCCAUUGCAGUGAUGGAUUAUGAUCGAGUAGGGCACAACGAGGUCAUCGGAGUAUGUCGGACAGGAAUUGAUGCUGAAGGGCUUGGAAGAGAUCACUGGAAUGAAAUGUUGGCUUACCCACGUAAACCAAUAACUCACUGGCAUCCACUGGUAGAGUUACCUGGCCGAGCAACCAGUUUUGAUAGCCAGGGAUCUUGUUCAUCACCAAAACCACCACUUACACCCUAGGGAACAAGAGUGGAUUCAUCAUGCUCAGCGUCCAGUGCUCCCAUGUAGCUCACAUCUACAUAAACAGGUUUGGCUUCCACAGAUGAACUGUAUCCAUAUUUUUGUAUUAAAAUACAUGUUUUCCUAUUCUAAGUCUUAUAUUACAGUUUAUAAUAAUUUCUUACCUUAUGAAUGAAGUUGACUUGAGCCAAAUAUAAUCCUUUCUCAUAAAAAUUCACUCACCUGUUUUCUCUCUGGCAUAUGUAUCCAGUAUCAUAUCCAAUAUAUUUGAAUAGACAUUGAAAUCGAAAAGAACAAUCCCUAAAGCAAUUAAAUACCACUGCAGAUUUUGAUGCUUAAUUCUUCUGAGAGAGCAAAUAGUCAUAUACGGCUCUUGUAGUAAAUCUCGUCUGAAUUGCACUAAAUUUUAUAUGACUGCUCAAGAUAAGACUUCAAGCUGAACAUUGCAUGAAACAGAAAGAAAGGAGGAGGUGAGAGAGAAUUAGAGAAAGAAAUAGAAACAAAGAAAUAGAAAGGAAGAAUGAAUGAAAAAAAGAAACAGGAAAAAGAAGAGGGGGAAAAAAAGGUACAAGAACAAGAACAAGAAAAGGAAAAAGAACAAGGAAAAGGAAAAGGAAAAGGAAAAAGGAAAAAGAAAAAGAAAAAAAAAGAAAAAGAAAAAGAAAAAGAAAAAAAAAAGAAAAAGAAAAAGAAAAAGAAAAAGAAAAAGAAAAAGAAAAAGAAAAAGAAAAAGAAAAAGAAAAAGAAAAAGAAAAAGAAAAAGAAAAAGAAAAAGAAAAAGAAAAAGAAAAAGAGAAGGAAAAAAGGAAAAGGAAAAGGAAAAGGAAAAGGAAAAGGAAAAGGAAAAGGAAAAGGAAAAGGAAAAGGAAAAGGAAAAGGAAAAGGAAAAGGAAAAGGAAAAGGAAAAGGAAAAGGAAAAGGAAAAGGAAAAGGAAAAGGAAAACAACAGCAAUUACUGACAUAUUUUGACUGUUUGAAGUACUUUCUUUGAACAGGGUGGAAGCACUGAUCAAAAGUCCUCUGAAGCCACAUCGGCUGAGUAGGACCCUACAGGCUUCACUGGGUUCAGCGUUUAAGGAAGAGGCCCCAUGACUGGAUCUAUGCAGUUAUAAUAUUCCAGCAAUCAGGAUGCCUACUGCACCUACAGGAACCCAUUAAACUGUCUGGCGUAACUCCGAUGUACACCGAGGCCAGCAGCUGUAUUUGGUAGCAGUUUUACUUCAGUUAUCCACUAGCUCUGCAUGACAUCGAACAGCAUGGGUGUAUCAUUAUGGACAGUCAAUGUGUCUAUGAGGAGUUUUCUGGAGGUUGCUGUAGCUCUACAGAAAUGCAAGGGUCUCCCAAGAAGAUGCAUCUAGCACUUUCAAUAGAGCCUAUUUGCUGUGGGCAUCUUGCAUCCCAUAUUUAGUCUUCAAUCAGGCCAAACUGUAGGUGUAAAUAUGCUCUGAUAUAACAUGAACUAUUUUAUGAAUUUUAGGUAUUCAAAAACAUGAACAAAAGCUGUGGUUACAAAAAAGCAUCUUUAUGUUUCUUGAUUUAGUAUGACAUCGUUAGAUUUGUUUGAAGUACUUUUAACAGAAUAUGUAGCUCGUGUUUCUGGUCCCUCACUUGAUACUUCAAAGCAGAUGUCUAAAAUGAAUUUGAGAUGUGCUUUGUAUCAAUAUAUGGAAAAAGAAAUUGAAAUGUAACAAUUUUAUAAACAAGAAAAUUUGUUUAUUGGAAUACACACUGAGAGAAACUACAACAAAUCAUCUGCUGAAGUGAGCUGAUUUAAAAACUGGAAGGGAACUGAAUAUUAUUUUGUAGAUUUAACUUUUUUUAACAUUCAAACCUCAGUCAGACUGUUUGUUUGUUUGUUUGUUUGUUUGUUUGUUUGUUUAUUAAGAAGAGCAUAGAAAAGACUGAAUGGUUGGACCUUAGAUUUUGAAAGCUGAACUGCAACUAGAAAAAUGUUGGAGCCGUGAUUCUUUUUGUGUCUUUGUAAGUUUUAGAGAUACAUGUGAGGACUGUAUUUUUCCAAAACAGCAUUUUUACGGAACUGUCAUACAUGACAAAAAUGGAAGAUUGUUUUAUGAGAAUGGAAAAAUUUGUGGAAAUCAAACUGAUUAUGAAGGGAAAAGGAUCUUUGGAUUGACUUGCAGAGAAUCACUUGGCGUUGGUUAGUUUGGCCUGAUUGAUGCAGAAUGAAUUAAUAAAGAUCCGGCCACCUCCAUUUCUUUAACUGAUCCCUACAACAGUCAGUUAUGCCUUGAAACAUUUUGACUGCUCUGGAGAUGCUGAGAAGGCUGUCCUUAGCAUUCCAGGCUUUUUUUUAAGGCAGGAAAAAGGAGUAAUUCAAGAUGAUUUCAUACACAUGAAGAGAGCAAGACAAAUAGAGCUUUCAGGUAUUCUUUAUUUAUUAUUAAAAACAGUAACAAUAAUGGCUCCAACUGAAGUUUUUUCACAUCUGUUCACAGUUGCUUUCCAUGGCCUCCAGACAGAAAUGCAUUUCCCAGAGAGGGCUGGUAAUGCUAAAUACUGAUCCUUCCUGUUCAAGGUUGUACUUUCAUCACCAUAAAUGCAGAGCUAUCUUGCAGAAUUUUCUCUACUCUCUCUAGAAGUCUAAUAUUUAAAAUAUGAGAUUUGUGGCCUAGAUCAUUUUCCCAGUGGUUCUGCGAUGCUGACAUAGAUACAUAGAUAUUUAAAUGGAGAUUGAAAAACUAUUUUGUGUAUACAUUUAUCUUAAUACAAAUUAUAUCAGCUGUGGCCUUUGUGGUCUAGAAAAUACUUUUUGUAAUGUGGUACUGUAAUAGUUGACUAAAUAUUCUUUGCACUUUCUUGCACCUAAUAUCCAAAAAGCUAACAAUUUCUCAAUGAAAUGUAGCAUAAAUGUUCAGCGAUGAGCAACAUCUUUUUAACUAUUUCGUUGUUCUCUAUGGGUAUCCUGUAUGUUUCAUCAUAAGCAGUAAGAUAUUUCAAUUUCCAUUUCCUUAAAUUUAAAUUGUUGUUGAACACCAAAGGAAUAAUUGCUCAAUUUUUUCCCUGUUGUUUUUUUGUUUGUUUGUUUGCUUUUGGGUGCGUGGUUUUUUUUCAGGGAGGGAGGUGCAGAGAGUUUUUUAUUGUUUGUUGUUGUUGUUGUGCUAUUGUUUCGUUUUCUGAAUGGUUAAUAACAAUACUGUCUGACUACUGUGUCUAAAGUUGAUUUAUGGAUGCUCUGUGUCUAUGAAAAAUCUGCAUAUGAAAAAUCAGGCUGCAAAAUUAUGAAAAUAUCUAAUUUCAAAAAUGAUCCCCUGAUUAAUUAGUUGCUCAUCAGUGAUAAAUAUAAAUAAUGCAAAAUACUUUUUUUUUUUCUGCUUUCUUAGUUAUCUCAAGGUAGAGUAUAUAUUUAGCACAACCAGCCCAUUGGCUUUAGAGCCCAGUGCACAAGUUACUCUGUGAGUGCACUCAUAGAAGUAUCCUCUGAAGCUUAGUGCAGUUAGUCAAUUAAUAUAUUGCUUUAUCUAACUCCUUAUUAAGAGAUAUAAAAGGGUUUAAUUUGCAAAACUGUUGUAAACUUCCUACUCCUGCACUGAAUAUGCAUUUUUUACUUCUUCACAUUUCUGCUACAUCACAAACAUUGGUCUGAUUUGAGAGAAAUCAAAUUUGGCAAAUGGUUGGUGUAAAAUAUAUAGUAGUAAUUUUAAAGGGUUUGAAAAACUCAUAAUCCUGAGGCUAACUCAAAAGCCUGAGAUAUUUUUAUUGAAAUGUUUUACUGGAAACAAUAACUGUAGUUGAUAAGAAUUGUAUUUUGCACUGCAGAGCUUUUUUUGUACUUUCACAACAGUAAACCACAGAACUGUACAGAGAAAGUAUAUGAUGGAUUAAGUGGUUUCAGGAGAGCUGUUAAAGUUUAUAUUUAUUUUCAAUAAUGCACUGUAAAGUGAAAAAAAGCCCACAUACAAAUGUAUCUAAUGAGUCAUUCUAGUCUUUUGGGUAAAUACUAUUUUCAAACAAUUGCUUCCCUUCCUCAUAUUAAAUAAGUUUUCAGGGACCAUUAGAUUUGCUCUGAGCAACCAUAAAAUUAUUAUUAGGUCUAUGCAAAAUGUUAACUAGGACCCUACAACACAGGUAGAUUUAGAGUUCCACUGGCACUGCAGACAGUAGCGUAGGAUAGACUGCGCUCCACAUUCUCAACUUUGGUUGGAUGUAUAGUAUCCAUCUGGUGAUAAGACUUUUGCCAUCACCUUCUUAGCAAGUGACCAACUAUUUUCCCAUUAUCUUUCUUUCUAUCUUGGGCUUCAGUAUAGUAUGGCUGCUAUAUGUUCAAGCAGUAUAUUCUUGACCUUUAAUUUUGUCUGCAUUGCCUAAAGAUGACUCCUGGCCUUAAAAUGCAGUAAUAUGAAACCUGUGCGGUCCUGACCAAAAGAUGUAGGAUCACUACAUUUCUCAUUUUCAUUCUAUGAAGAGCUGUCAAAGAACUUUUUCCUCCUUUAUGAUUACCAGAGGUUAUGGAAUCAGUAACACUGGCUGGUUUUGGCUUCUAGGAAUCAUUGAGGGCAAUAUACAUGUCUCGGGGAUAUGUACAAAGAAAGUGGCCAGGACCAGUAAGAUAAAACAAAACUUAGUAUAUCAGGAUGAAACUUCCCCUGGAACAUUUCUUUUUCAGUAUACGGAAAUGUUUUCUCUUACUAUUUUUAAGCAACAAAACUUUUUCCUUAGAGAAUCACAACCUUAUUCAUUAUUUUGAGCAAGCACAAAGUGUUUUCAUUAGGUUAUUUUUUUCAAAGAGAAAAAACAAUUGUUUCUGAUCUUCUUUCUAUUGAUGCAUUUUUUGAGCAAUAGUGCGAGAACUAAUUUUCCAAAAAACACAUAAUCAAUCCAUCAAUUUCACCUAAUUUUCAGGGUUUUUUUAUCGGCUUCUACUUAAUCAUUUUGAAGGUUUUUAACACGAUGUUGCACAGAUUAUGCAUGAUGCUUUAAUUCUCAGAUUAUUUUGCUAUGUCUUUUUAAUCAAUUAACUGAUUAUAUUCAAUAAACUUUUAUACGUGCUUAUUUUUUAGCACGCUGUCAUGUUAAUUUGAUUAGUGGCCUCACAAGAUUUGCACACUGACUUCUGAAACCAUUUGACUAUAUUUUAAGCAUGUAAAAGUUUUAAAUAAAGGUAAAUAUUUUAAAUCUCGGUAACAGAAUUCUCCUGCUGAGAAUUCAAAAUUUUUAAGAGAUCCAUAAACGUGCCUGCAAAAUUUGAAAAGCUUUUAUUGGAGAACACAAAAGCUUAAUUUGCACAUACAAGCAUUUGCACUUGCAAAAAUGUGAAAUUGGUACCAUUCAGCACUUCUAUCAAAACAGAACACCCACACCUAAUCAAGCAUGGAUUUCUAUUCAUAAUAUAUACUGGACACAACUGUACUGACACAAUUCCUUGAUCUGAGAAGUUCAUAUGACUUUAUUUCUACAAAUGAAUAUGCUUGAAAUAUCGGUAGGUUUUAAAAUAUGACCUAAGUGUUAAUUAGACAGUGAGGUAACUUUCAGACAAAGCUCAUAUAAUAUCUGUCAGACCAUCCAAAAUGCAGAUAAAAUACAGUAUGUGUGACAAGAAUGUUAAUGCAAGUUUUGAUGGAAAAUGUUCUCUAUCAUUCACACCACAGCUGAGACUCAGUUUAAGCCUUUGCUCAGAAUUCACUUUCACAUGGCUUCUGAGGCUUGUCAGUCUAAACUGAGCUAUCUGGUGUCAAAAAACAGAUUGUGCCAGAGAGCAGCCUGCAGAACUGAGAAAGACAAAGGAAAAUGUGGCAGCAGACACGCAGUUGUUCAGUGCAACUGCAAACUCUCCAAAAUGAAAAUCUUCCCUUGGAAACUGAUAAUUAUUCCAGUAUUCAUAUACCUAUCCUUUCUUUAUGUACAGUUAAGCAAGUAGAAAAAGGGAGGUGCAUGAAGAAGAGCUAGAACUAAGGUUAGGAAUUAAAUGAGAGGCUUAUCACAGCCAUUUGUAAUGUCCAGAGCACUACAAUACCUUAACUUCAAGACUGCCUUUUGUUUACUAGUCCAGAUGAAUAAAUAUCUCAAACACAGUUCCACUUUUCCACGGUCCUGGCUGGAAACUGGCAAUCUAGGAGCUGAAACCCUAAGAAAGGAUGAAGCUGCAUGUGGCAUUUAAAUAUCACUGGUGAAUCUGACCAGGAAAAUGGAACUAGCACCUUCAGUCUUGUGCUAAGUGCAAGGGGAUGCUUGAUGAUAGCAAGUGCUCAGGUCUGUGAUUUUAUAUUUUAUCUGAUAGCACCUCUACAAUGUUACUGUUGCUGGGAAACCUCUUUACUGAAUCAAAGAGAAUGCCUCUGCUAUUGCUAUGUAAAAUUUUUCCUCUCCAGAAUAGACAACGAAUCUUCUGUGACAUGGGAUUCAUUCUUCCAGAAAAUCACAAAGCGUGUUAAAUUUGCAAAACAUGAAAAAUCAAUUAAAACUGUACCAUCAUGAGGACAACUCACUUUGAUGAUAGUAACAACAAGCUUUGGUGCCCUACUAAUCUAAGAGAGCAUUUCUUUGAGUACUCUGUAAUGCUAAGUCUGUGUUGGUGACCCAUGUUAGCACUGUUGAUGACCCUCAGUAUCAACACUGACAAAAUACAACUAACGAAUAUAAAUACAGGUUAAAUAGGUUAUCAGAACACCAAAGCACUAUCUGGAAGGGAAGACGUAAAGACUCUCUGAUACAUAAUUCACGACUGUGCUCUUGAAGCUGGGUUUGCAGGAAGUCCCAUAGCUGCUGUGAUGAAAGUGGAGCUUCUCUGUAAUAAUUUAUGAAUACAGUAUGUUGGCUUGGCUAUUGGUUUCAAAAUAAGUGAGUUCAUCAGGUAGGAUUCGGGAAAAAAAAAUAGAGAAAGAUAGAGAAUAUUUGUCAGUGGGGUGAGUCUUAGAGGAAUGUGGGAUUUUGAAACAGUUAAUAUCUGCCGUGGUGGCCUAGGAAAUUCAUUUGAUGCCCUACUCAGUCUGCAAAUGCAUCUCACAUAAAAUGGUGGAAGUUCAAGCAGACAGAGGAAUAAAUAAACAAACAAAUAAAAAAAAAUACAUGGGAAAGAUUAAGAGAUCUGUUUCAGAACAGUCAAGAUUUAUGUCUGAGCAGGCUGAUGGAAAAUACUGCUAAACUUUACAGAGAAAUUUGGCUAGAUUACAUUCUAUAUGCAUAUAGACUAUUCUUUUCAAAUCCCUUUGUUUGAAAUAUUAAAAAUUGAGUACUUAAAUAUUUAAAUAACAUUCUAUUUUUAAUUAAGUGGAGUACUCAUUACCUCUCUGAAAGAAAAGCUGCAAAUCCAUUCAGACUGUCCAGGUUAGCACAGUUACUAUAGAGACAGUGUCCUGCAGCCCAGUAAAAUUGAAGGAGAAUUGUGAAAUCCUGCUUCUCCCUUGGAAAGGUAAAGUCAGGAAGCCUGACUUGAACAGAUAGCGAAGGGAGAUCAAGGAAAGUGUGUGGAUACGGCUACUUUAUGACAUCUUCAGAGCGCCCAGAGAGAUUUACCACUCACUCAUUACACAGAGCAUAGCAAUAGAAUGACAGCAACAUGUUUUCAUGACAGCAACCUGCCCUGUAUAUACCAUUUUCCUGUCCCUCAAAAUGCAUGCAUAGAAAUGUUUUGGAGAGGUUAAUUUUAAAAACGGUUUGGGAUCUUCUCAUGCUUUGGAAAUUCAAAUCCUUGAAGUAAAACAAAUAUACCCACAAAUGAAAAAAAAAAAAAAGAAAAAAGAAAAAAAAAGAAAGGAAAAAAAAGAGUAUGAAUAUCAAACCUCCAAUGAAGUCAGUUAAGCUCUAGAAAGUGCCUAGAGGGUUUCCUUUGUAAAACAAUGGCGUGGUUGUAAGACCAAAUAGUUGGAGAUCUGUUAGUAUUAAAAGGAAAGGCUGAGCUUCCCAGCAUAAAGCAGGCUUCUUCUGUAAGUGCAGAAUUCCUACUUGUGUAAUCUCUUGUAAUUCUUAACAUCAGUUAUGUUUUAACAGAAGCUUGCCAAGGUAACAGGCAUUUUAGGCAUUUAACAUGACUAUGACCAAAAAGGAAUCUGCAUUUUGGGAUGUUUUGCAGAUAAAUUUCAGUUUGCUGGUAAACAGCAAUUAGCCAGUUUUAUGAAGCAGAUCUGCCUAUAGAAGUAGAGUCUCCAGGAUGAGAAAAAUACAGGGUGGAGCUGGUUUGUUUAACAUGCUAUGGGUUGAGAUUGAUGAUUGUAUCAGAAGUGAGAAGUACUGAACAAGACAAUAGUUAAAUCUUUGGUUGUAUCUGAGUCACGAACAUGAGAGAAGAGAGGAGGGGAAAAUUCCUAUUAAGAAUGUAAAACACUUUCAAGAAAAAAAAAAAGAAAAGAAAAAAAGCCAUUAAAGUGGAUAAUUCAAAAAGGAGGUGAAUUGAGAGCAUUUUCCAUAGGCAAAAAUACACAUGGAGCAAACACAGGAAAAAGAAAAACAGAUUUCUGAUGUAGUUCUCCUAGUUUUUCUCUUAUACAAAAGUCUGUGAGCUUACAGGGGUAGUGGGAGCCAUGUUACAGACUCUGGGUCUGUUCUUAAAAUAAAAAUAGCUCUCCGCCCCACAGAUCCUGAUCCUAGAGGAGUCACAGUGCAAAGCAUACUGGUAGUGGCACAUAGCACAUCUGGUCCAUCCCUUGCAGCAUUAAUGAGACAAAAAAGAGACAUCAACAAGGUGUGCUCAGACACAUUCCCCUCUGUAAUGGCCUCCUGUUCCUUGGAACAUUACAUACAAUGGAAAAUUUAUGAUAGGCAAAAAAUCAUUUUAUAUAAUGUCACCUCUUCGCAUUUUCAAAGCUUCAGACAAUCAGUACUUGAAUUAAAAACCAAUAGGCAACACCCUUGAAAAUGCUGCUGUGGUACAAAAAGUACUGGCUUUGGUUCUGAGUCAGGACUAGACUAUUGUGACACAAUGGUGGAAGAGCAACUGGGCUGUUGCAGGUGCUUAUUUCCUGAUGACUCACGAAACCAAAGUUGUACUUAUGGUGGAUUUCUCAGUUAAUAUAUCACAGGUCUUUAUGUAUGAAUAGGAUACUUGCACAGUUAUUCCAGACAAAUCCUGUCUCCUCCUGUUUUUCCUAUUCAUGCAGGUUCAGUUGAAUAAUGAAUUCUUACUCCUUUGUCCUAAAUUGUCACACGGUACUGGGUACAUUGUGAUUUCUCCACCCUGGGAGUGGUCGCCUCUUGCUGAAAGACAGAGUGAUCAAUACAUGACCAUUACCUCCCUCACCAUGGUUUUCUGAGACUUAAUUGCAUAAUAAUAGUUAUGAGGGAGAGAACUGCAUAGCUGAACAAUACAUAAAAUUGCCAGUUGUAAUUAUUCUUGGUAAAUGGGUAUGUGUAGAUGGGUGUGUCUUUCUUCCUUUUGUAAGUGAAGUUUUGGCUACCACAGAAAAUGAAAAAACAAAAUUUGCUAGACUCUCGAAAGGGCACUUUGCACUACGUUACAUUUAUUCUUUUCAAGCUUUCUGUGGUAUAAGUGUUUAAUGACCUUAAUUAUCCUUAGAGCACAAGAACUUAAUACAUUUAUUUAAACAUACAGCCUUUCCACUUCUGGGCCCACCAAAUCAUGCUUUAUCUUUUACCAAGGUAAAUUUUGGCCGCAGAAUCGAGAUCACCAACUACAAACUAUGGUGUUCUCUAAGCCAGCAACUGAAUCUGUACACUCGAUUCCAUGUUAUUCUGAAAGGGAGGCUGGCACUAUUGCACUUUAGCUACUUGUCAGUAGCAGACAGAAACCUGUAGGUCACAGUUAGAUUUCAGAGAAGCUCUGAGGAUCAGCUUCUAAAAUUUUGGACCUGAUUCUGCAGACCCUCCAGAAACAGGGCAACCCAUGAAAUUGGCUAGGAGUCCUAAAGAGGGCUGGAUAGAUGAGACUGUUGCUGUACAAACUUUUUCUUGAAACAAGACUUCAUAAUGUAAUCUCUAGCAGGGCAAAGAGUGGUACUUUAGUAUCAGUCUACUCAUGCACUGAAACUAAUAUUGACGCAUAAAUAAAUAAAUAAAUAAAACGCCUUUUUAGCAAAAAUACCCAUGGCAGCAAAAUUUAAAGAUGCUGAGAAAAAAAAAAUGUUUUUUUCUGUGUGUGAUUUUUUUUCCUUUUUAAAAUAGAAUACUCUAUCCCCUUUCUUAUCUCAAAAAAAAAAAAACCCCACAAAAUAGAAGAAGUAUCUACUGUAGUUUUAAUAUUUAUUGAAAUAAUAUAGCACAAAAAGUGAUUCAGAUCAGCCUCUUGAGGUGCAAUUUUAACAAUACAAAUUUUAACAUUUGUACAUUUUGCAUUAAUUAAAAAAAAAAAAAAAGCUUACCAAAAUCUAUUCAUUACUAAUCUAUUUCCAAUGCACAAGAAGUGUAAUAUGCUUUCAAAACAAGCUUUCUUUUAGGUCUAUCACUUGCUGUUUUAUACAGCAAUUGCUUUUUGUGUUAAUUUAAAUGAUUGUCUUUAUUUUUAAUGCCAUGACAAUAGACCAGUAAGCCAGUCCAGCAAAAUUUUUCUGUAGGUCUUUUUAAUUCCUUUAGGUCAUUGUGUUCUGAAGCACAGCAUUACAUACUUGACCAGUACCCCACUGAAAUCAAGCUGAAAUCAAGCAUCAAAGCUGCUGUUGAUUUCAGACGCCUUUGCCUCAGGUUGCAUGUGAUGAUGUAUGAUAGCAACUAAAGAACUGAACUCAGCUAGGAGUCUCAGGACAAGUAGAAUGAAUUCUCCUGUAUCCACCAUGGCUGUUUGUGGCUUGCUGACAAUUCAGAUUAUGCUAAAAGUCUUCAGUGCAUCCCUAGGGUAUGAACUACUAUUGCAAAUGCUGAUUUUACUAAUACUGGUAAGAAAUAUGAGCCUCAGCUGCCUGAUUUCCUAAAUAAAAAAUGUCUAGUCUCUGUAGUCAGGCACAGAGAUCAGAUAUAUUUUUACUGGAUGUUUCCUUUUUAAUAGUGGCUUAUAGUUUUCCACAUGAUACCAUUGUAUUAUUAAAGCUUAGACAGUGUUUCUAGAGGUAGAAAUAUUUAAUAUGUAACAUUUAGACAGUCCUGUUGCACGUCUAGCAAUUAUUUUUGUUCUAUAUUUCUAUGGAAAAAAAAUAAGCAAAAUUUAGUUUUGUUAUAUAAACAGAAAACUAUUUCUCAAGAAAGUAGAAAGUAUAGAUAUAUAUUUCAUAUUGUUUCUUGUUUCUUUUUCUUUAGAGUGUGAGUCUAAAUUCUUCCCUAUUCUUCUUUAUGCCCGUGAGUGGUCUCAGUAGGGUACAUUAGAUAUAAAUGCACUGAGGACAGGAUAUGACUAGUUCUCUAUCCUAAAAGUAGCCACUACUGGUGUUCUGAUUUGAAGAGGCACUUCUGAAGUGCCUUAUGUGCUGUCUCCCUUUUGUGGAGGAGAUCACAAUGAGGGCCUUUUUCCAGUAAGCUGUUUGGAAUUCUUUUUAAAGUGAGCUGCUAGUUGAAGUCACUCUGGUUUGGGCAUGCACUCUGAUCUGAGCACCUGCUCAGAUUCUUUGCUGUCUAGGAAUGGAGUAAUUAGGGAAUUUCAUGGCUAGUCUGUGCUAAAAGCACAUCUCUGCACCCUCCAUGCCAGAGUAGCUGUACUAGUUGGGACAGGGGAGGGCAAAGACAAAUUGUAUUUCCUCAUUUUCCUGCCCUGCCCAGUCCUCAGCACAUUGAACAGCAGAUCUGCAGCGCUGGCUCCUCUGUGCGCCAGCCAGGUGCCCUUUGAACCACUGCAAAGGGAGCCCAAGAAACCUCUCCUUUCUUCCCCUGAGCUUGUAGUCCACUUGUGUUUAACCCAACUGGCUUCAGUGGACUCCUCAUGAGAACUGAAGUGGAGGGAGUAGAAUACAGAAAUUAGUCACAUCUUUCCUUCAGCAGAGAUCAUUAUGUUCUUCUAGUACAUGUUUAUUUGUGGGGAAGGCAUUCUCCAGAGUGUACGCUUCAAAAGGUAGGAAGUUAAAUUGGAGUCCUGGCCAUAGGAAAUGUUCAUAAAUAUUCAGUAUUACUCAAUAUUGAAAUGCUAAAUAUUUUAAAAUAUGAAAAGGAAGCACCUAGUAUAAUGCCCAUCAGAAUAAGCAUCUUUGCUGUGACAUUGUGGGGUACCAGAUUAGGCCCCAACCGGCCCAAACUCUAACAGAACUCCCUACCUUUAAAAUAAUCUCUAUGAUUAGAUCAGAACUGUUGCCAAGUCUAUGUAGCUGCAGAGUUCUUCUAAGAUUUUGUCUCUUCUUGCUAUGUGGUGUUGGCUGACCAAGACCUAAUAUUAAAUACCUGACUGUUUUAGUACCCUUUAUUCAGUGUUCAUGAUGUGACUUUUUAAAUGAAGUCUGUGAUUUGAUACUUAGCCAUUGUUCAAGUCAAUAUCCUUGGCUUUUGCAUUAUAGAGACAAGAAAAAAAAAAAAACAACAACUUUCCAGACUUGUGUUACUGGCUUUUUGUAUGCGCUAAAUGGCCACUUGUGAAACUUGAUGGCAUAUAAUUGUACUACUGGUAGUAAAUGUUAUUUUUUUGCACUAGACUUUAAGAACUGUAACACAUUUCAGUAUUUUUACAAUGUAUUCUCUAGAAAGUGUGAAAUUAUUUGUCAGUUCUGAAAAAAUUAUGUAACAAUGAAACCUCAAAAGAUGUUAUGAAGUGUACAGUUUGUGAUAAUUUUAUAUUAAAAAAAAAAGAAAAUAAAAAGAACAUAUUUGAAAGAAUUUUAUUCUAAUUGUUUCAUAUGUAUUUUGAACAAGAAAUAAAGUGAUUAAA